AUGAUCAGACACUCUGAUGAUGCCACCACGACCAACACUAAUGGCAGAGUCGUCAAACACAGACAUCAUCAGCAAUUGCAACAACUAUUUUUGACGGUAAUCUUGUUGGCUUUCCUCCCGUCUCUAGCUUCAGCGUUCACAAGCAGGCCAUUUUCACACGAAUUGAAUCAUGCUGAAGUGUUGCCACUACGCAUGUUCGCCACCGAUCCAUCCUCCUCCUCCAAACGUCGUCGUGGUGGUCACGAUUUUUUCCCCAGAGCCUCCAAGACACGACAAAAGGCGUCGCUAUUGGACGACUUGGGAUUUCCUUCCAGUCCUGGCUGGAGAAGCGAUCGGCUCAACAAAUUGACGGAGUGGGCGGACAACAAGACUCCCAACCGACCAGUUGUCUGCGAAUACGAACCAGACGAUUGGUGGCUGAGACGAAAAUGGACAGGGACUGUUCUACGAAUGGUACUUCGAUCUUGUCUGAUAUUGAUGGGAGUUUGUGCUGCCUUGGACUGGACGACUCGUCGGCAUGUAUUGGCAACAAGUGGUGCAACUUGGGGUCUGUUUUCCGUUCCACCCUCCACGGAACCGAUGAUUCAGAGUCUUUAUGGCGUCAAGAAACUCUGGGAAUAUCAGCUGACAGUUACUACCUUCAUUUUGACAUUCUUUUUAGGUCAUGCCUAUAGCUACUGGCAAAAUGUUUACAGUACGACCCGCAAGAUUCAAGGGCGAAUCAAUGAUUUUUGUAUGCUCUUGGUAAUGGGAGCCAAGAGGUCCAAAUCAUCCCCAACUCGGAAUAAUUUUUUGGAUAGUAGUAUUGAUGGGAGUGAGGAACAGCAUUCCAUCACCGAGAGAAUGACAAGCAACAACCCAUUCGGCAAUAGUAAUGACGAUAGUGAUGAUACUUUCAGCGUAAAUCGUGGAGAGUUUACCACUGGAUCGGAGGAGUUGGUGAGAAUGUGCACACGACUGAUUCGGUUGAGCCAUACCUUCUUUUGGGCGGCGGUACCCACCGCCUCCAAUGGUUUGACUGACAGCGACGCCUUCCUAGAGGAUGCGGAGCACAGCGAUCUGCCGAUAGACAAUCAGCAUAUCGGGCCACUUCUGCUGAGUACCUAUGGUCUCAAGGCACUCGUCCAAAACAGUCAAUUGACACAGCGAGAAGCCGAAGACUUGAUGAAUACAGAACUACCGCCAUCCCAAUACGCAUACGUACUUCUAGUUUGGGUCGGCCUCUAUACCAUGGAAGGCCUCGAAAAGGGAUUGCUACGAGGAGGUGCUGGAUUUGAAGAAAAUAUUGUCCGUCAGCUGACAACGCUGAGAGCCACCAUGUUUGAUAUUGAUGAUAUGAGGGCAGGAAGAAUGCCCUUGGCUUAUGUCCAGCUCGUGCAAGUCAUGGUGGAUACCCUGACUUUACUUUCACCGUUCGCGCUCUAUCCUGAACUUGGAAGCUUGUCAAUACCUUUGGUGGGCAUCCUCACACUCUUCUUUCGCGGAUUGUUAAAACUAUCCAAGUCAUUCUUGGAUUGUUUUGGGGUCGAGGGCUUUACCGGGCAGAACAUUCGAGUGGACGUGUUGGUUAGUGAACUCAACUUUGGUGCAGCAAGACGAUGGAUCCGAGCCGCUGGUAGAAUGAGCGGGAGACGGUGUCUGAAUGUCAAUGGUCUCACUUUGAAAAAGCAGUUAUAG